UCUGGUAUUCUGGUGAUUUGUGCUUCCUGUGUGGCUGUGUGAAGAGAUUGUUAUUCUGUGAUUACAUAUCAGUGAUGGCUAGUGAUAUCAAAUUUUGUGCAGACGGCCACGAGUGUCAACCGAUCCACACGAUCAAGGACCUGUUGGAGUUUGAGCACAAUCCCGUUAGCUGGCGCAAUUUAGUGCUCCCGAUCACACCCCGAUCCCGAUCGAGGUACCUCGGAGAGCAGUACCAGGAGAUCAACUUCGACGCCGGAGUGACGGACUUUGUGGAAGACCAAAGCCGACCGCAGGUAUUGCUGUGCCAUGACUUCAAGGGAAACUACCUGAUCGAUCGGUUCAUUAACGGGACGAUCGGACAGGAAUGGGUGGACUAUCGGUUCUACAACUGGUCUGCGGUGGACAUAUUCUGCUACUUCAGCCACAACUUCGUUACCAUUCCGACGCUGCAGUGGUUGAAUUGUGCGCACAAAAAUGGCGUCAAGGUAAUCGGGACGUUCAUUGUGGAAGGCGGCAAUGUGACGUUACUCAAGGACAUUCUACAGUCGGAAGAAUUCAUGCGGAAGGUGGCGGAUGCGUUGGUCACCGUGGCGAAGAUUUGUCAGUUUCAGGGCUGGCUACUGAAUAUCGAGUGCGCUCUGGACGAAGACAAUAUUCCGCUUCUGAAGGAAUUUGUAGCGUACCUCACCCGGAAAUCGCACGAAAGGAUCCCGGGCAGUAUGAUCAUCUGGUACGACUCCAUCACCGAGAAGGGUCUCCUCAGCUGGCAGAACGAGCUGAACAGUCUGAACCACGGUUUCUUCGCCGCGUGCGAUGGGAUCUUCCUGAACUACACCUGGAACCGGCAGCAUCUGGAGCGAUCGGAGAACUUCAUCCGUAAUUACUAUCCACGACGGAAGUUGGACGUUUUUGUCGGGAUCGACGUAUUUGGGCGAGGUCAAACCGCCAAGCUCGAUACCCACUCGACGCUGGCCAUGAUCAUGGAGUUCAAGUUCUCCACGGCGAUCUUUGCUCCCGGAUGGACGUUCGAAUCGCUCGAGGAAUCCAUGCGGCAGGACCAACUCGAUCCAGAUAAUUGCAAUGUUCGAUUUUUGAAGCUGAACGAUCGCUUCUGGAAUCUGCUGUGGAAGUAUCUGUUCGUCCGUGGACCCCGGGAACUGCCCUUCUAUACAUCUUUCUGCCUGGGCUCAGGGAAGAUACGGCAUCGGUUGGGAAAACUGCAGAACCACUCGUGGUUCAAUCUAUCGCGGCAGGGAUUCCAACCGACCAUUCCGUAUGCAAUGCUGGAUAGCGCGAGUCCUGUCUAUUGGACGCACAGUUUCGAGACGGCUUUGGAUGGCGGAUCGUGCUUGCGGGUGGAAGAUGCGCAUCCAAACUGUCGCUUGUUUGCGUGCGAUUUCGCUUGUAGUGGAGAUUUGGUGGUGGCCUAUGCAUUUCAGAGAAAUAAUGAAGUCAGUGCGUCCGACGUGAGUCUGUUGCUGAAGGUGUACAAUACGAGAUAUCACGAUUCGGUGAAGGUCGUGUGUGGCGGUGAAGAUUGCCAUCUUAGUGAGCGAAGCAACGAGAUGAAGGCGCUGCUGUUGGGUCCGGAAGAUUUUCCAACGCUGCUGGAGUUGGGUGGGCAGCUGAAGCUGCCGCUGGUGGCCGGUAUCAAUGGGUGGGAGAUAAGAUACUACUACCUCUCGUUCGAAUCCAUCAUCCAACCGGUGUCGAUCGUGGAUAUUGGCGUGGAGAUCACGAAAGCUGACCCCAAGGACCACGUCCUGCUGGGGGCCAUUUCGCUGCAGGCCGGUUUCCCAGCGAGCCGCGAUCGCAUCAGGAAGCGCUCGCUCGUAACGUUCAACGUGUGA